AGGCAGCUGGCUGGGCCAUGAAACCUUAGGAGGCCAUGUCGAAACGCGACGUCAUCCUCACCAAUGUCACCGUUGUCCAGCUCCUGCGACAGCCGUGCCCAGUGACCAGAGCACCACCCCCACCGGAGCCCCAGCCAAUCAAAGAGCAAGUCCCACCACCUCCGCCUCCUGCACCUAAGGUUUCCGUGGUUCGGGAGCUGACUGUUGGCAUCAAUGGAUUUGGACGCAUUGGUCGCCUGGUGCUGCGUGCCUGCUUGGAGAAGGGUGUUAACGUGGUAGCAGUGAACGAUCCGUUCAUCGACCCAGAAUACAUGGUGUACAUGUUUAAGUAUGACUCCACCCACGGCCGAUACAAGGGGAGCGUGGAAUACAGGAAUGGACAGCUGGUCGUCGAUAACAAUGAGAUCAGCAUCUUCCAGUGCAAGCAGCCCAAAGAAAUCCCCUGGAAGUCUGUCGGGAGCCCCUUUGUGGUGGAGGCCACAGGCGUGUACCUGUCCUUAGAGGAAACUACAGCCCACCUUGAGGCAGGUGCCCUGCGUGUGGUCAUCUGUGCGCCCUCUCCAGAUGCACCCAUGUUUGUCAUGGGGGUGAACGAAAAGGACUACAACCCCGGCUCCAUGAAAAUUGUCAGCAACGCAUCCUGCACCACCAACUGCCUGGCCCCCCUCGCCAAGGUCAUCCACGAGCGAUUUGGGAUUGUGGAAGGGCUGAUGACCACAGUCCAUUCCUACACUGCCACCCAGAAGACAGUGGAUGGGCCAUCAAAGAAGGCCUGGCGAGACGGACGGGGUGCCCACCAGAACAUCAUCCCGGCCUCCACGGGGGCUGCCAAGGCCGUGGGCAAAGUCAUCCCAGACCUCCAAGGGAAGCUGACGGGAAUGGCGUUCCGAGUGCCAACCCCGGUCGUGUCUAUUGUGGACCUGACCUGCCGCCUGGCCCAGCCUACCCCGUACUCAGACAUCAAGGAGGCCAUAAAAGCAGCAGCCAAGGGGCCCAUGGCUGGCAUCCUUGCCUACACUGAGGAUGAGGUCGUGUCCACGGACUUUGUUGGCGAUACCCAUUCGUCUAUCUUUGAUGCUAAGGCCGGCAUCGCGCUCAACGACAACUUCGUGAAGCUCAUUUCCUGGUACGACAACGAAUAUGGCUACAGCCACCGAGUGGUGGACCUCCUCCGCUACAUGUUCAGCCGAGACAAGUGAAGCAGGCUGGCCCGCCUCUGUUUCUCAGUGCUCCCGGGCCGGUACCCGUCUCUCCCGUCCCCGCCCUCGGCCCCCCGGGGGAAAGAGGGCGUCCCGCGCGAGGGGCCCGCGCCGCUGGGCCAACGGUGAAAUAAAAACCUAGAGUGCUCACA